CUCUAUUUAAUGCCCGACAAAACCAAAAAAAUUAAACCGCCUUCUCAAAAUGUCGUUGAACAGCUUCAAAGAAUCUCUCAAACCCUGCUCUCAGUCCUCUAUCUCCUCCUCCAACACUUCUUCCAAUUUUGAAUUCUUAUCCUCUCAAAACCCUAAUUUCUCAAGAAAACCCCCAAAGUCUUCACUCUCUCAGCAGCUUAAGCGCCUCGAUUUCCCCUCUUUCGAUGAAAUCCGCUCCCAAAACCCUAACAAAACUCUUCCAAUUGUCACAGAAGAAGAGGAGAAAGAGGAAGGAAAAGAUGGAGACGAGAAAAGCAACGGGUUUUCAAUCGUCAGCGAGUUCAGUCGCGAGAAGCUCAGCACUCAGUCCUUCGAUUUGGGUACCAAAGGGCCUUUUGAGCCCCUAGUCCUCUCUUCGCCCGGGGAAUCUCCAACGGUUCAGGUUCCUGCAUCCAUCAACUGUAGGCUCCUUGAGCAUCAAAGAGAUGGUGUGAAGUUUCUUUAUAGGCUGUAUAAGAACAACCAUGGUGGUGUGCUUGGAGACGAUAUGGGGCUCGGGAAAACCAUCCAGACUAUUGCUUUUCUGGCUGCUGUUAUGGGAAAAGAUUCUGAAAGUGAAGAAUUUUGUGGGGACAAGGACCAUGCGAUGAAGAAAGGCCCCAUACUGAUUAUUUGCCCCACUUCGGUUAUUAGCAACUGGGAAAACGAGUUUUCUGUAUGGUCUGACUUUAAUGUUGCUGCCUAUCAUGGGCCAAAUCGUGAUAUAAUUCUUGAAAAACUUGGAGCUCGUGGUGUAGAGAUUCUUUUAACUAGUUUUGAUACUUAUAGAAUUCAAGAUAAAAUUUUGUCUGAGAUUUCAUGGCACAUUGUGGUUGUUGAUGAAGCUCACCGGCUGAAAAAUGAGAAAUCUCAACUUUAUAAAGCAUGCUUAGGAAUUAAAACCAGAAAGCGUUUUGGUCUUACUGGCACAAUUUUGCAGAACAAGAUUUCAGAAUUAUUUAAUCUCUUUGAUUGGGUUGCUCCUGGGUCACUAGGAAGUAGGGAACAUUUUCGAGAUUUUUAUGAUGAGCCAUUAAAGCAUGGGCAAAGACUAAGUGCUCCUGAAAGAUUUAGUCGUAUUGCUGAGGAGCGUAAGGAACAUCUAGUUGCGGUUUUGCGCAAGUACCUGUUAAGAAGGACCAAAGAGGAGACAAUUGGGCACCUUAUGUUGGGCAAAGAAGAUAAUGUUGUUUUUUGUGCAAUGAGUGAGGUGCAAAAGCGUGUAUACAAGAGAAUGUUGGGACAACCUGAUGUUCAAUGCCUUAUAAAUAAGGAUCUGCCUUGUAGCUGUGGCAGCCCAUUAUCACAAGUUGACUGUUGCAAAAGGACAGUCCCCAAUGGCAUCAUUUGGUCUUAUCUUCACCGAGGCAACUCUGAUGGUUGUGAUUCUUGUCCUUUCUGCCUUGUACUUCCAUGCCUCAUCAAGCUUCAGCAGAUAAGCAAUCAUCUCGAAUUGAUAAAACCAAACCCUAAGGAUGAACCUGAGAAACAAAGGAAGGAUGCUGAGCUUGCCGCUGCUAUUUUUGGUGCUGAUGUAGGCUUGGUUGGUGGUGCUUGUCAAAAUGAAAGCUUUAUGGGACUUAGUGAUGUGGAACACUGUGGGAAAAUGCGAGCUCUAGAGAAGUUACUCUUGUCAUGGACUACUCAUGGUGACAAAAUUCUUCUGUUUAGCUACUCUGUCAGGAUGCUAGAUAUACUGGAGAAGUUUCUUAUACGAAAGGGUUGUUGCUUUUCAAGACUGGAUGGUUCAACCCCAAUGACCUUGCGCCAAUCACUUGUUGAUGAUUUCAACAAAAGUCCUAGCAAACAGGUGUUCCUGAUAUCUACUCGAGCUGGUGGUUUAGGUCUUAAUUUGGUCAGUGCAAACCGUGUCGUAAUUUUCGACCCAAACUGGAACCCUGCACAAGAUUUGCAGGCACAAGACAGAUCUUUCCGUUAUGGACAAAAGCGGCACGUUGUUGUAUUCCGUCUUCUUGCAGCUGGUUCCCUAGAGGAACUUGUUUAUUCUCGGCAGUUAUACAAGCAACAGCUUUCCAAUAUUGCAGUUUCAGGGAAAAUGGAGAGGCGCUAUUUUGAAGGUGUUCAGGAUUGCAAGGAAUUUCAAGGAGAGCUCUUUGGAAUCUGCAAUCUAUUCCGUGACCUAUCCGAUAAGCUUUUUACGAGUGAGAUCAUUGACUCAGCAAAACACAAGAAGGAUACUUCUCAACAGGCCAUGCUAAUCACCUCAAAAGAUUCUGAUGUCCCUUCUAAAAAGGAAGCAAAUGAGUCAGUCAUUGCGGGAAAUGAAACAUUGCUUGGUGACUUGGGCAUAGUUUACACACAUCGUAAUGAAGAUGUAGUCAACAUCGGGCCUCGACUUCAGGGUAAACAAGACGUAGAUACUAUACACGAAGUUGAUACUUUCAAGAAUACAGUGAAGACAACUGACAAGAGCCAAGAUGCUAUGAAUGUCAAUAAGGAAUUAAAAACUUAUUCCAGGGAACAGAAGCGUAACGAAUAUAGAGAUAUUGCAGAGUUUAUGGGCAUGGGUGUGUUGGAAUUUAGCAAGUGGAUACUCUCUGCAUCACCUUCAGAUCGAGAUGAAAUGCUUCAGAACUACAAGAAAAAGAAAAAACAAAGAAGCAAAAGGUGAGAGAUGUCUUCCAUAUUUGGGAAGAAGACAGCAAAGCCGAGAUAUCAACCAACGCAGACUUCUGAUGACUGUUAGUGCAAGCUGCUAUGUUUUCACCUAGAUAACAUGUACAUAUUCGCUUAGAAUAUUGAAAACAGAAUAUUGAAAACAUAAUAUAGCCACAGGACUAAAGCAUCAGGAAGGAAGAGGUCAGCUCGUCUGAGCUCGUCUGCCUAUCUUCCGUGGCGACUGUAAUUGUUGUAAAGCUAACUUCCACUGUACAUGUAUGUAAAUGGUCACAAGUCAAAAGAACUGAAAGAAGUAUGAUUGCUAAUGCCAAUAAAUUGUCAUGCUAUGCUACACCUAGCUAUAACUGUGUUAAAUGGAUAUAUCCAUCUUGCUUA